UCGUCGUACGUCAUUUCCUUCACAGUUUCAAAAUGGAUCCUAGCGUAUUGAAGCUCAGCUUUUGGGAGAAUGGACCAAAACCGGGCCAAUUUUAUUCUUUUCCUGGAAAUAAUAGUAUCACAACUCCUGAAUGUGGACCGGUUAGACAUACACUAAACCCCAUGGUGACCGGCACGUCGGUCCUGGGCGUGAAGUUCACGGGCGGCGUGAUCAUCGCAGCGGACAUGCUGGGCUCGUACGGCUCACUGGCGCGCUUCCGCAACAUCUCCCGCCUCAUGAAGGUCAACGACAGCACUAUCCUGGGGGCCUCCGGCGACUACGCAGACUACCAGUACCUCAAACAGAUCAUCGAGCAGAUGGUUAUUGAUGAGGAGCUGCUGGGCGAUGGCCACAGUUACACCCCCAAGGCCAUCCAUUCCUGGCUCACGCGCGUCAUGUACAACCGCCGCAGCAGAAUGAAUCCCCUCUGGAACACCGUCGUCAUCGGGGGAUUCUACAACGGCGAAAGCUUCCUGGGUUAUGUUGACAAGUUGGGUGUGGCAUACGAGGCGCCAACCGUGGCCACAGGAUUCGGUGCCUACCUGGCUCAGCCGCUGAUGCGAGAGGUGGUGGAGAACAAGGCGGAGAUCACCAAGGAUGAGGCCAGGCAGCUGAUCGAGCGCUGCCUGAAGGUCCUGUACUAUCGGGACGCUCGCUCCUACAAUCGGUAUGAGAUUGCAAUUGUGACACAGGAUGGAGUAGAGAUUGUUGGACCCUUGUCAUCCGAGACAAACUGGGACAUUGCACACAUGGUCAGUGGAUUUGAAUGAGUGGAUUGCCUGGGGUCCAUGGCGUUUGGAAGGGUUUGUCUGUUCCAGCCUCACAGAGUGCAUCCUCCGUAUAGUACUUCAUCCGUAUAGUACUUCUAGUGUAGAACGGCUAUCACAGUUUCGCUUUCUCCUCUUUUUUUGUAUUACAAUAAAUAUGUAAACUUUG